AUGAAGACUGUCAUUUGUAUUGGUAUGGCUGGUAGUGGUAAGACCACUUUCAUGCAACGUUUGAAUUCUCAUCUGAGAGCUGGGAAGAAGACUCCGUAUGUAAUAAAUCUGGACCCGGCUGUGCUUAAGAUCCCAUAUGGGGCCAACAUCGAUAUCCGUGAUUCUAUCAAAUACAAGAAGGUCAUGGAAAACUACCAGUUAGGUCCUAACGGUGCUAUUGUGACCAGUUUGAAUCUGUUUAGUACUAAGAUCGACCAAGUGAUCAGUCUGGUAGAGAAGAAGAGAGAGAACUAUGAGCACGUCAUUGUUGAUACCCCCGGUCAAAUCGAGUGUUUUGUUUGGAGUGCAUCCGGUUCUAUCAUCACUGAGUCGUUUGCUUCUACUUUCCCUACAGUCAUUGCUUAUAUCGUGGACACACCAAGAAACACAUCCCCAACUACAUUCAUGAGUAACAUGCUAUAUGCUUGUUCUAUCCUAUAUAAGACGAAACUGCCAAUGAUCGUGGUGUUUAACAAGACUGAUGUAACGAAGGCUGAUUUUGCCAAAGAAUGGAUGACCGAUUUCGAAGCUUUCCAAGACGCUGUCAGAAGCGAUCAGGAAAUGAAUGGUGAAACCGGCAUGGGUUCAGGAUACAUGGGCUCGCUGGUCAACUCGAUGUCGUUGAUGUUAGAAGAGUUCUACUCCCGGUUGGAUAUGUGCGGCGUCUCAAGUUUUACAGGCGAUGGUUUCGAUGAGUUUUUGGAUAUAGUAGACAAGAAAGCUGAUGAGUAUAACGAGGUCUAUAAAGCUGAAAGAGAGAGAUUGAUUAAAGAAAAGGAAGUAAAAGAACAAAAGAGGAAAGAGAAAUCCAUCAAUGGCCUGAUGAAAGAUUUGGGUCUAAGUGAACAAAAGGAAAGGUCCAAUGAAGAUGACAGCGCAGAUGUGAUAAGUGAUAUAGAAGAAGGUGAGGAAGAUGGAUUAGUGGAAAGAGAUGAAGACAUAGGAGUGGAAAGGGAAUACACUUUUGCUGGUGAUGAGAGACAAGGAGAGAUCACUGAGGAGAAUAAUCCUGACUUACAAAAAAAUAUCAAGAAGCAUUUGAAAACUCUAGUAAAUCUGCAAGUAGUGAAACUGCAGAAAAUAUUGCACGCUAUAUCAGAGAGUAGAUUAUUUACGUAA